AUGCCAGAAUCAAGAACCCCUACUACAGGAAGAAGGGGAUCUGGGAGUUGGUGGCACUUGAGAUUCCACAAUACCCGCAGGUGGCGAAGGAAGCUCAUUUUCAGGCUCAAUAGGGCAAGAUACAGGAGACAGUUCAUCGUGCCCAAGGUUAAAGAUCCGGAAGAGGCAGGGGUCAAAAGCAAGGAUAGCGCCAACGUCUGGGAAUUUACAAUCGACGGACUGCCAAUAGGACUAAAACGUCUCAAGCUGUAUACUAAACUUUUCAGCGAUGCGCAAAAGAAAAUUUAUGAACAAUACAAUGGAGACCCCAGCAGGCUCUACGUCCAAAACAUGAUCAUCAACUACAAGCCUCCCAUGAAGCAGAUAAAAUACCAUGCACUCAGAAACUUUGGGAUCAUGUCCACAUGGCGUAACUCCAUUGUCUAUCGCAUCAGGGAGAUGCCCAUGAACGAGUUCUACCAGAAGAUAUUCAUACUGGGCAGGAUUCCUAAGAGUAUGGGCGCAGAAAUGCGGGCUGCGCUUUACGAAAAACGGGUUCCCGCGCAAACGGUCACAGAGUGGUACCCCUACCUCACCGCCCACACGAGGUUCUUCUUUCGCAGGCAACUCAAGUGGAUGAAUGACACCGGGCAGUUUAACUAUUACAAGCAUCGCAGGGACUGGAUCGAGCAGUACAACAGCAACUUGCGAAGGAAAAUCCAAGAGGCGCGCGACGAACGUGGAAUGGUUUAA